CAACCAUACGGACCGAGUUGACUUGUGACCGAGUUGACGUGGGACCGAGUUGAAUCAUAAGCUUUAUGAGAAAGCUUGCCUGUACUAUACUGUUGCUGAUCAUGCACCACAGAACUCUGUAUGUAUGACGUCUUAUGCUAAUCCUCACUGUGAGUGUUAAGUUCCCGAAACACAACGGACCUGCGUUCCUCUGAGACAAUUUGUGGAAACUUAGAGUGAAAGUUCACCCCUGGAAGUUUGUUGAUUAUAUCAUUCAUCAUGGCGAUCAUGAGAAGAUGUUGCUGUUUCAACGACACAAGGAGUGGGACUUUAGCGUCAGCUAUUUACACGCUGAUAUACACCAUCAUUUUUCUGGCUUUAGCAGGAUGGGGGUUCACCGUGUGGAAUUGGCCAUGGACACCUGCUACUGUGAUAACAAUGUUCUACAUUCAGUUUGUGGCUUAUGGACUGGUAUUUGUCACGUCAAUCCUUGCAAUCGUCGGCGCAGCAAAGGACGUUGCAGGCUUGAUUUUGCCUUACUGUAUAUGUCUUGCGUUGAUGAUGAUUAUUGAAGGAGCAUGUUACAUCUGCUGGCUAGUUAUUUUGGGCUUUGCCGCUAUCGUUCUCAUCUUACCGUUUUUGUGCUUUUUGGGCUUUCUUGGUCUAAACAUCUGUUGUUUGCUGUGUGCGAUAUCGCAGUAUUCGGAACUGAGCGCUGGGCGUGGGCGAGUUGGAGAUUUUCCCGCUACUAACACGACCACCACCGUAAUCAUGCAUGGACAGCCAGUGAUGACCCACCAGGCUCCACCAGGAGUUGUCGUAGUGUCCGGUCAGCCACAGCAACAACACAUGGUGGUUCAACAACAACAGCAGUACGGACACGUGCAGAUGCAAACUGUGUACGGCCAGCAGCAGCCCCCACCAGCAUACGGCCAGCCUGCACCAGCAUACGGCCAGCCUGCACCAGCAUACGGCCAGCCUGCACCAGCUUAUGGACAGCCUGCCUUCACAGCACCCGGGCAGCCCAUGCAGCAGCCCUACGGCUCUGCCCCACCCAUGACGGUUGAUGAAGUCAAACAUUAAAGUCUCAACAAAUUCAUGUUUCUUAAUGAGUGCAAAACGUAAAAGAAGAUACAUGUAUAUAGCCCCCUGUUUGAAGCGGAAAAGAUAAAGAAAUAACAAAAGCAAUGGGACGCUUGGUGGCAGCAGACUUACCAGGUAAAAUCCAUUGUUCUCGGUCAUGUACGCACGCUCAGAACUACGUAAACAAUGGAAAUUUACCUGGUAAGUCUGCUGCCACCUAGCGUCUUGAAGUCUCCCAUUAGACAGUAAAAACGAAAACCGUCUAGAUGCAUGCGGCGAAACCUCGAGGCCUUUUAAGAAAGUAAAAACCUGACUUUUGACUGCACCAUUGACAUUGCGAACCUACGCUAUUGAAUGGCGGUUUUUUUUCUUCAUAAUACACUGUGCGCUUUAUGUUGCUGUUUUUUAACAUUAUUAUUAAAACAAAUACCACCUAAAUAUAGACAACCCCAUCUCGAAAUUUAAUAUUUCCUGUCUCGCUGUUCAAGCUCACUAAAUAUGUGAUUGGUAAAUAAAUGUCUGAACACUCUCGUGGUCGAGAAAAAUAAAUCCAUUGAAGACCCCCCCCCCCCUCACCCCAAAACAAAGAAAAAAUUAAUAAAUCCAAAAUUAAAAUUAAAUUCUACAAUUUUGUUCUACAAUUCUCUGACAAAAAACACAACACCAACUGCCUUAGACUUUGAUCCAAGUCUGUGAUCGCUUGGUUAUCAUUGUCCCUUCAGUCACACAACGUUCAAGUGGAUGUUGCAGACAACAACAAUAACGCGAUCCUAGACUUGAAAGCUAGACCAUUUUGGGUUUUUUAGCGAUGAAGAAUUUUGAAAACUGUAUAUAUAUACAUGUAUAUAUUUUGUUUUAAAUGUUGUACAGUAUAUAAUUUUUAUUGUGGCAAAGGACAUUUUCUACCCUUGCAAGUUACAUGUGAUUUCUUUUUUAAUGCUUUUAAUGUAUAUUUUACUUUUAAUAAGAAAAAGCAUGUGUCGAGUUUCUUUAGAAAAGUGUACUCGCCUGAAUAAUAAUGUGAAAAAUCCUUCAAACUGUACUAAGUUUGGUUUUUAAACAGUAUAAACCUGCGGUGUUUUUUUUAACCCUUCGAUUGUUUUAAUCCUAUAUAAAUGUACGUUGUAGGUGAUACAAUAAAACUAAAGUGUGAAAAUAAGAGAAUAAAAGGGUAGCGACGAGUUCUCAAACUGCGGUUUAAAACCGGCAGGGUCGUGGGCGUGCGAUAAAGCCUGUAUCCUUACCCUUUAUCGCAUGGCCACGACCCUGCAAAGUUUUAAACUGCAGUUGAGGAAAGAGUCACUGCUCCUUUAUUCCCAAAAACACCUUUUUGGUUAAAAUGCGUAAUAAAGUGUGAAGCUCU